UGAACCGGUGCUUAGACGCCGGUUGUUUACUCUCUACAUCCAUCCAGCACCAAAUACGAAGAAAUAAUCAUAAUAAGCAUAAUGACAGCCUGGACUUCACCGAUUGGUGUUCCAACGGCAGAGGAGAAAGAGACUGUGUCUACUUUGCUUGCUAUGAUUGGCGGAACCGAGGCCCAAACAGCUGAAGUGCUCGAAGUAUAUCGAAGGAAUGGGGGAAAUGCAGACAAGGCAGCUGAAGUCCUGCUCUCUGGUGGCCUAGGAGCUUCAUCCUCUGGCUGGGGAGAUGAUACCGGGAGUAGCUCGACGUCGAUGGCGCUGGUACCAAUAAUCAAAGCACCGAGAGCGCGACCGAAUACACCAGAAGACAUCCCAGAUCUUGUCGAUUUGACAAAAGACGAUAGAAUGGCUGUUGAUGAUGAGGACUUUGAGAUGAAACGGGCCAUAGAGAUGAGCAUGGAAAGCGCACGGGAAGAUCUGGGAGGAGAACUUGGAGGGGAUGUAGCGACGAAUGACCAGGAGGUGGUAAUGGAGAACGAUCAAGAGGAAGUUGAGGACCUGGAAGAGCUUAUUCGUAAGGAUGGAAGACCGAUAUCCCUACGUUCUCCUACACCAGAGACCAUUUAUGCAGCAUUACUCCUCCAAGCGCUAUUUCAUGUUCCACAGGUUCGCAACCGGCUUACGACCGUGUCUAUUCUCGAGGAAUCCUCAGUCUCAGAAGACAGCGACCCGGUAAUUCUUUCUCGCAUUAUCGAGCUUUUUGGCAAUCUCGAUCUAGCUAAUCUAGCUAGGCUCGAAUGCGAUGGUGUUUGUAAGGCCUUGGACGUCUUGCCGGUAACAGCUUCUACUGGGGUAACAGACUCGACAAAAAUUCUGUAUGAAAAGCUUACGGGUAUCUUUGAAGCUGCCGUAGCUUCUCAACCAGAUCCCGCCCCGCUACUCACCUUCACGUCGGCGCAAGUGGACAUUGAACCUGGACAACGCGAAGAGUUUAAGACGAGUCAAGUAUCGAAUCACACGUACGUAUCGUUAGAUCUUUCUGCCUCUAGCGGGGGUGCACUCGGGGAGCCCUUUGGAAAUGACCUUUUGACGCGUCUCGCUCGAGAUCUGUCUAAGCCUGUUCCGGAUAUACAAGGUGGACCAAGUGGGUCGACCAAUACUGUCAUUACCACUCCAUCUGAGGUAGUGGCGUUCGUCCUUACUUCAUCAAAUUCUUCGUUCUCAACCGCGGCGUCAUUCGCGGUACCUCUGUAUAACUCGUCUUCCUCGAUGCCUUCAUCGUCACGGUUUUCAUAUCCAUCUUCACUAUAUAUCGACCCUUUCUUAUCAUUGAACCUCCCACUUGUUCAUUCAAAACGCGUGGAGAGAGAGAGGCUAGCAAAAGAAGUGGGGGAGUAUGAGGAACUCAGAGGAAAGUUGAUUGGAAAGGAAUAUGUUUCCUCGUCGUCUACAUUUACAGCAGCACCUGCUCCCGCUGCAGAUUCCAGCGAUAACAACUCUAAAGACCAAGGCGUCCUUCCCUCCCUCCGUGCUGCAUUGUACUAUUACGAAAAUGUUGCAAAUCGUUCUGAGGGUGACGAUGGCACGGAAGUAGGAAAGGAAGAAAGGGCAAGGGUGGUUGAAGAAACGGAGCGGGGCCUGAGAGCAACGUUAGAGGGAAUUGAGAAUGCGCUGAAAGAUCUCGACACCAAGAUAAGUGGCGCGAAAACUCAAAUGAAGACUCUUUUUGAGGGGGAAGAGUUGAAGAAGUACCAGUACGACCUUCGUGCAGUCCUCAUGCAGCCUGCCCCAUCUCCGAAUUCAAUAACUCAACCCAAUACGUCCACUUCAAAUCAAACAAAAUCCAACUUUUUGAAAUCAGACAAAGGGCCAUUUGUAUACGUUCGGGAUAUUCGAGAUGAUUUGGUUAUAUCAAAGCCGGACGCAAAUGAGAAACCCCCUAAGACAAAAGCGCGGUGGUGGAAAUCACCUGCAUCUGCGGCUGUAGGAGGUUAUGUAGAAGAGGUAUCUGAAGAAAUCGUUCUCUCCAUGGCUGCGACGUCCGUGCCUGGGCCAGCCAUGUUCGCAGAAUUGGUCCCGUACAUGCUGAUAUACAGCAAGAGCAUCUCAUCGACAUUCACCACUUCCACUACCACCAAUUCCGCCCCGGCUACUUCGUCUCCGCAAUGGCCUCCAUCUAUCGUUUCCUCAGUAGAACUGAACAACAGUAAAUUCCUGGAGGUGGUAGAGGAGUGGCGGACGUCGAAUAUGCAGGGAGGGCAGGGCGAACAGGGAACACAACGUGGAAGGGAGACAGUAGGUAGAAGGAGUCCGGGGGAAAAAUUGGGAAGGGACGUUUCCAUGGUGGAUGCUACGCGUUCAGAAUUAGACAAAUAACGUACGUAGGUGGAUGUUCUGUUUACUACGUAGACAAAAAGUGAUAAUUUGAACAAUAAAAAUUGGGGUCAAAUUAUUCC